AGCAUAGCGACGUUCUCGCGGUUCGGUUACCAACGCGUUGAAGGGGAGAUUUUGGGGGGGCUUUUUAUUUGCUUACCACAAACCAAGCUGAUAGAUCGAUAUUGCACUAAAGAAAACCUUUGUUUGGAGUUUCUUUAAAGUAAAUGUAGGCGGGAACAAGGCGUCGCGGUGAACCUUGUUUGACAGGAAAACCCAGGAAGGGGAAAUGUGUCCAGUUGUUGUGCGAGGAGUACUCUGCAGUGUGAGUGUAAUGGAGUAGCAUUUGCACACGAUCUGAAAAUCUUUGCGAAUGGUAAUAUUUUGUGACUGGUGAUAAGUUCAGAGUUGGCACAAAGAAACACGUCGAAAAGAGAAACUAAGACAGCUGAAGGAAUCUUACCUGUCGGGAGCGAUGUCUAAAGUACCGAAGUCUAAAUCUGCCUCCAGAUCCCGUUCUAGAUCAGGGUCUAGAUCUCGGUCACGUUCAUUCUCACGAUCUCACUCAAGAACUAGGUCAAGAUCCCGCUCCAGAAAACACAGAUACAGUUCUAGAUCGCGCUCUCGCUCAAGGUCUCGCUCCCCACCCCACAACAGGGAGCGGAACUACCCAAGGGAGUAUCAGAACAACAACCGCGAGUUCAGGGGGUACAACCGAGGCUACAGGAGGCCUUACUACUACCGCGGACGUGGCCGAGGGUACUUUCCACGCGGCCGAUUCCAGCGGGGUGGAGGCUAUGGCAAUGGCAAUUACCGGCCCAACUGGCAGAACUACCGGCAGCAGCAGCCCCAGCAGCAGCAGCAGCCGCCCCACCAUCAGCACAGCCCCAGGCGAGGGCGCUCUCGGUCCAGAACUCCCAAGAGAAGGUCUGGAAGCCCGAGAUCCAGGAGCCGAUCCAGAUAUUCUGACCGCUCUUCUUCUGGUCACUCGAGGAGGUCCAGGAGGUCUUCCUCUUCUGACUCCCGCUCCUCCUCUCAACAUAGCCGCUCCGGAUCUUCCAAACGGAAGACUGUAAAGGGGCAAGAGCAGAGCGGGGCAGCGGUUUCUGCGGCCAUGGAGUCCCAGAUAGCAGAGUCCAAGGAUGAGGGGUCUUUAAGCACCGCCAACAACGAAAACGCACCUGAGGUGUCCUCGGGUAGCUGGCAAGGCUUGACAACUUACGAUACCAGCCCUAAGCGCGCCAGCCCGGUGGUUCGCUCUGCGAUAAUUGUGAGUCAGAGUGCCGCUGCAGCACGCCCCAGUCCUGCUCUGCAGUCUAUCGCAGUCAGGCGCUCAAGCCCGGCUCAGAGAGGCUCACAAAGCCCAUCCCGAUCCAGUGCGUCGGCACCGAGCCCAGCCCUGCGCAGUGCCUCUUGGCAAAGCUCGGGCAUAGGCUCAUCUAACAAGAGCCCUCCACAGAAACAAAGCCCUUCGGCAGUUUUUUCAGGCUUUGGAUUCUUUUCAAAGGAGGAGAGCAGCAGGGCAGGUGACACAGGAUCUGCUGUUCCUUCAUUUAAAAAAUACAUGGAGGAGCAGAAGAGUAAAACUCUGUUGCAGGAAUGGGAGAAUGGAAGAGAGAAAGAGCAGAAAGCAAUAGAUCUAGAAAGGGAUAAAGGGAAUGGCAAGGCAGGAACCUCCGAGAGAGGGGCUGCCAACAUUACUCUCAAGUCCGAGUACUAUGGCAAAAGCGAAAAAGAAAAAUACAAACACAGCAACGAGGCUGAGGAAGAGCAUGAAAAGAGAUACAAAGUUAGGAGCCAAAAAGAGCGCGAGUUUGAGGAGGAACCUAAGUUCAAAGGCAAAGUCACAGUCACUGCCAGCAGAGAUCAGGACGCGCAUGAGGAGCGGUUUAAUAAGUGGGAGGAGUUUGCCUACUUCCCUACCGCUAAGGAGAAGCCUAGGAAAGUGGAGGAUGAGGAGGAGGAGGAUGAUGAUGAUGAUGUUGAAGAUGAACUUUAUAGGAGCAUGAAGGAGGAGAGGGCGGUAGCUGCAGCGAAGAAAGCAGAACCAGCCGGCUACCGGGGCUUUUCUCCUGAAAAGAUCCCGAAAGCCAGUAGGUACAAGGAGAAGCCAGGGCCGAGCCCAUCCACACCUCCCAGGAGGAGCUCUGAGAACAGAGAAAGGGAAAGGCUUGUGGCCAGGAGGGAGGAGAGCCCACCCAGAGCGACCCCUCCAGCUUUCCCUGGUUAUCGAGGAUCUGAAGUUAAAUUGAGAGUGGAUCCUUUCCGGGAGGAGAGUGCAGGCUCCUCUGUAAUAUUGGCAAACGAGCGCCGUCUCUGUCGUGAUCUUGUGCACCCCAGCAAGCAAGAUCAGGAGUUCCGCUCCAUUUUUCAGCACAUUCAGGCUGCCCAGUCCCAAAGAAGUCCUUCAGAGCUGUUUGCGCAACAUAUCGUCACCAUAGUUCAUCAUGUUAAAGCACAGCAUUUUGAGUCUUCGGGGAUGACGUUAAGUGAACGCUUUGCCAUGUACCAAAGAAAAGCAGCUCAAAAAGAGACGCCCAAGACACGAAAGAGCCCAGAAAUUCACAGGAUAAUUGAUGUUUCUCCCAGUGCUUUUAGGAAACACUUGCACCUUUUUGAGGAAAUGAAAAGCUCCAGGGAAAGCAGUUACAAGGGUGAAGAUCCAAAAAACAAAGGUGACUCAGUGGAUCUCCAUCUUGAUAUUGAGCAUCAGAAAAAAUACUCCAGUAGGGAGCGAGAGCACAAAAGGGAAGGGAUGAGAGAUUCUGGAGACACAAGCCCUAGCAGAGAGAGAUCCACUGAAAGAGCAGGAAAGCAUCAUAAGGAGUCCAAGAAGCUCAAAAAACGCAAGAAGAACCGAGAACGUUCCCGGUCUUCCUCGUCCUCCCACUCCUACAAAGGACGCGACUACACUGAGGAGGUAGAGGAUAAAGAAGAAAGCUUUGACAAGUCCCAGCUGGGAGCCCGGGAUUUCAGUGGCCCGAUGGAAAGGGGCAGAGCAAGAGGAGGCUUUCAGUUUAGGAUACGAGGAAGGAGCUGGAACAGGGGGAACUACCCAGGAAACAACAGCAAUGGUAACCCUCCAAACCCUCCAAUGCCAAUUAUUCUAAAACGAUCCAAGGAAGAGGAGUGGGACCCAGAGCACACCCCAAAGAGCAAAAAAUAUUACUUACAUGACGACCGGGAAGGAGAAGGAGAUAAGAAGUGGGCUGACAGCAGAGGCCGUGGUCGAGGCACCUUCCAGCGAGGAAGGGGGCGCUUCCUGCACAGAAAGUCUGGCACCAGCCCCAAAUGGACCCACGACAUGUUCCAGGGUAGUGGAGAAGAAGGAGAACUACAGGACGAUGACAGCGAGACAGAACACAAGGAAGAGAGCAAAAUGGGCGCUACUGCUGCCACAGAGCAGUAGGCCCAGGUUCACUCGCAUACAGUAGUCGCAAAAGCCAACUCUUCCUUUAUUAUCCGAGGCAGGAAUGGCUACAGAACUUGCUUGACUUAAAAAAAUGAAUACCAGUGCGAAUAAAGUGGUAUGUAAUAUAUGCAGAAAUCAAUUUUAUGACUGCCUAUUAGGAGUCUUGUCACAGGAGAGCUUUAGGGUUUUUAUCUUUAAAAAGUCCUAUUCCUUUAACUAGUAUUUAGCCUUAUUCAUGUACUCUGUGUGACAUUUCUGUAAAUUAUUUUUGUCAGGGGAAACAAGGAUGGGCUAAGAAUAAAUAUGAGCACCCCUCUUCUCUUUUUCAUUUUUUCAUUUUUUUUUUGCUCGGCUUAAGAAGGCAUGCAUUUUUUAAAUAUUUUAUUAAAUUUUUUUGUGCCCUAGUCCAAUAUAGUUUAACUGAUUGUAUACUUUCUUACUGUCCUAAUAAAAUACUAUUGAUAUGAACUGGCAACAUGAUAACCACAUCUUGAGCAGGUUUUGCAAAUAAGAACUGAUCGAUUGCGUGCUGUUUGGUGAUUUUAGCUGUCAAGGACAUUGAUCUGAGAUCCUUCCUGGGGUUAAGGGACCAAUCUGGUGUGGGUCAAGUGCCUAUCAAACAGGUUUGCUAAAAGUAAAUAAUUGCUGUCUGAAUGUAAUAGACUGUAUACAUUUUGGUCACUGCCUAUUGGAUAUCAAAAUGAUUUGUGAUGAUGGUUUUGUAUAUAAUAAAAUAACUCAAUGGAAACAGCUAAACAGUUGCUAGGUUUUAAUGGCAAGAAGAAAACAAGAAAAAAUAGUUAUAGUUUCAGAGACAACAUUUAAGUUUCAACAAACUGGUUAAAUCAUUUUAGGAAUGACAUUUAGAUUUUUUUUUUUUUUUUAACAAUAUGAAUUUCUAAAGUCUUUAGGAAUACAUAAAGCAAGUCUGCACUCUUUAAAUACUGGAGCCUUUUAUCUGCUAAAAAAUUGAAUAACAUUCUCAAUAAAAAAAAAUAAAAAAUUCAUAAGAUAAAUAUCAGUACUAGUUAGAAAAAAUUGGAUUUUUGAAUAAUAGUACUUCAAAAAUAUGCUCUUGUACUAUUUCUCCU